GUCUCCUGCUCGCGAAUCAGUUUCAGUCGUGGUCUUCUUCAUCUUCAGUUCGGAACAAAAACAAAAAUACGUCUGAAAUCAAGGCAAAAUUUCAACUUCAAAAGAAUUUCUGAAAGUUAAUUCUAUUAUUUUAUCAUAAUUUUAUUCAAAUUUUACUGAAACAGUAGCUAAAACUAACAUACAUACCAGAAAUUAGUGUUUGAAGUUAUCCGCAGUGCAGAGAACGACUACGACAGAAAAAACAAAUUCCUUGCUGUGCAGCACGCAUUUGGCUUGGCCGAAGUUAUUCCAGUGAUGCCACAGGACAUCAAACGGGAACGGAAAAGUACACAGUCGACGAUGCACUCGAAAAGAAGUCACUGGAACGAAGCACCCCUGUCGCCAUGUCCCAUCCCGGAUAUCAGCGACGAUGAGCUGGUGUCGAUCUCGGUCCGUGACCUGAACCGUACCCUGAAGCUCCGGGGGCUGACCCGGGAUGAGAUCGUCCGGAUGAAGCAACGUCGGCGCACUCUGAAGAACCGGGGAUAUGCGGCCAGCUGUCGGAUCAAGCGGAUCGAACAGAAGGAUGAACUGGAGACGGAGAAAUCGCAGGAAUGGCGCGACAUGGAGAAGAUGCACGAGCAGACGAACCGGAUGCGGGACGAGGUCGAUGCCUUGAGGAAUAAGUACGAAGCGCUGAGGAAGUUUGCCAUCGGGGAGAAGAUUCCAUUGCCACCUGAGUUAGACAUUUUGGGUUAGAGCACAUUUCCAUUAGCAUAAGGGUAAUGAUAUACGUAUGUAGUAGCUUAAGAGGGGAUCUUUCCGUAGGUUUACGUUAGUAUUAAUUGUGUUACCUCUACCUGAAAAUAUAGUUAACCGCUGAUUUCCGUAUACGAA